AUGUCUGACGAAGUUUACGAAGGCGCCAUUGGUAUUGACCUUGGCACGACCUACUCCUGUGUUGCCAACUAUGAAGGCACCAACGUUGAGAUUAUUGCCAACGAGCAGGGUAGCUACACGACCCCAUCCUUCGUUUCUUUUACCGAGAAGGAGCGCUUGAUUGGUGAGGCCGCAAAGAACCAGGCGGCGAUGAACCCGAAGAAUACAAUCUUCGAUAUCAAGCGUCUUAUCGGCCGUCGUUUUGAUGAUCCUAUUGUCAAAAAGGAUGUCGAAUCGUGGCCCUUCAAGGUAGUUGAUCAGGGAGGAAGCCCCGCCGUCGAGGUUGAGUACCUUGGAGAGACGAAGACUUUCACUCCCCAGGAGAUCUCCUCCAUGGUCUUGAUGAAGAUGAAAGAGGUCGCGGAGACCAAGCUUGGUAAGAAGGUUGAAAAGGCGGUUGUCACUGUGCCAGCCUACUUCAACGACAACCAACGUCAAGCGACCAAGGAUGCCGGCGCUAUCUCCGGUCUUAACGUCCUUCGUAUCAUCAACGAACCCACUGCUGCUGCCAUUGCCUACGGUCUUGGUUCUGGAAAAUCCGACAAGGAACGCAAUGUCCUUAUCUAUGAUCUCGGUGGUGGUACCUUCGAUGUGUCCCUGUUGAACAUCCAGGGUGGUGUCUUCACUGUCAAGGCCACCGCUGGUGAUACCCACCUUGGUGGACAAGAUUUCGAUACCAACUUGCUUGAGCAUUUCAAGAAGGAAUUUCAACGUAAGACUGGAAAGGAUCUUUCGGGCGAUGCCAGAGCCCUGCGCCGCCUGAGAACGGCCUGUGAGCGUGCCAAGCGCACUUUGUCCAACGCCACCCAGACUACUGUUGAGAUUGAUUCUCUGUUUGAUGGAGAGGAUUUCAACUCGUCCAUUACUCGUGCCCGUUUCGAGGACCUGAAUGCCAAGUCUUUCUCUGGCACUCUGGAGCCAGUGCAGCAGGUACUCAAGGAUUCCGGCCUUGAGAAGAGCAAGGUUGAUGAGAUUGUGCUUGUUGGUGGUUCUACGCGCAUUCCUCGCAUCCAGAAGCUUCUCAGCGACUUCUUUGACGGAAAGAAGCUUGAGAAGAGCAUCAACCCUGAUGAAGCUGUCGCCUACGGUGCUGCCGUUCAAGCUGGCAUCCUUUCAGGAAAGGCUACUUCUGCUGAGACCCAGGAUCUUCUGCUUUUGGACGUUGUUCCGUUGUCUCUUGGUGUUGCCAUGGAGGGCAACAUCUUUGCCCCUGUGGUUCCUCGCGGACAGACUGUUCCCACCAUCAAGAAGCGCACUUUCACUACUGUUGUAGACAACCAGACUACUGUUCAGUUCCCUGUCUACCAGGGUGAGCGUACGAACUGUGCGGACAACACCUCUCUUGGAGAGUUCACCUUGGCUCCCAUUCCCCCCAUGAGAGCUGGUGAAGCUGCCCUUGAGUGUGUUUUCGAAGUUGACGUCAACGGUAUCCUUAAGGUUACCGCAACUGAGAAGUCUUCCGGCCGUAGUGCGAACAUCACUAUCUCGAACGCUGUUGGUAAGCUCUCAACCACAGAGAUCGAGCAAAUGAUCGACGAUGCCGCCAAGUUCAAGUCUAGCGACGAGGCUUUCACGAAGAAGUUCGAGUCCCGCCAGCAGCUGGAGUCUUACAUUUCCCGCGUCGAGGAGAUCGUUUCCGAUCCCACUAUGUCGAUGAAGCUGAAGCGUGGUAACAAGGAGAAGAUUGAAUCCGCUCUCAGCGAUGCUAUGGCUCAGCUCGAGAUCGAAGACUCCACCCCCGAGGAUCUUAAGAAGAAGGAGCUUGCCCUCAAGAGACUCAUUACUAAGGCUAUGGCCACUCGUUCUCCAGUCAACCUUCAACGGGGGCGCUGGCUUCUUCAAGAGCGCAGUCUAGCAGUCCCAAACGGGGGAAUGAGGUUUUCCACCUGCCCUCUACUUUUUAAGAAAAAAGAUAAAACAAAGAGCGGUUCUAGCUCAAGCCCUGAUGCAAGGCCCCCUAAAGCUGCUGCUGUUUCUGAGGAUCCAUAUGAUCUCGCUCAACUACAUCACGGUAUUGCAGUCGCGGUGUGCCGUCUCAAAGACGACCUUUCUAAGCUGCGCAUGGGAGGAAGACUUAACACAGAUGCUAUCGAAAAUCUUCGUGUUCAGCUAAGCAAAGGAAGCAAAGAAACCUUGAAACUAGGGGAUUUAGCUCAAGUCGUUCCUAAGGGAGGCCGCAUGGUAGCUGUACUGGUCUCUGAAGAAGAUCACAUUAAACUCAUAACUUCGGCGGUUGUGUCUUCCGAUUUGUCCUUAACACCCCAGCCAGACACGCAUAACUCUCUGCAACUGAAUAUACCAAUCCCACCACCGACCAAAGAAUCGCGGGAUCAGACAGUCAGUAUCGCGAAAGCGGCCAUGGAAAAGGCCACAGCGGCAGUCCGCGACUCGAGAAGUUCCGUACACAAACGCCUUCAGGAUAUGCAAAAGAAGAAAAUAGCUAGACCGGAUGACAUUCGGAAAGCACAGGAACAGAUGGAAAAGGUAACGGAGAAAGGGCAAAGGGAAGUGAGAGAUCUUUUCGAAGCUGCAAAGAAGGUGAUGGAGAGAACAUAA